AUGAAGGAUCAGCGACCUGACGUGGAGGCGGGCCCGUCGUCUGAUUUGCUGUACCCAGGAAUCACGCGGUCCGAGAAUGAGAUGCGAUGGGGGUUCAUUCGGAAGGUCUACGGCAUCAUUGGAGCACAACUCCUGCUCACCGCCGCCGUCGGAUCGUGCUUCGCUCUCAUUCCAACCGUCCGCGACUUCGGCCUGACCAAUGGAUACUUCAUGUUCUUCGCCACCAUCCUACCCUUCGCCACGCUCAUUCCUCUCGUCAUUUACCGGUCUCGCCAUCCUCUCAACCUGGCCUUGCUCGCCAUCUGGACGGCGUCUAUGAGCAUGACUGUGGGUCUCAUCUGCAGCAUGUACAGCGGCCCCAUAGUGGCCGAGGCUCUCGGCCUUACGGCUUCAGUGGUGCUGGGGCUCACAGCGUACACCUACUAUGCUGUCAAGAAGGGGCAGGAGUUCAGCUACCUGGGUCCCAUGCUCUACGUCAGCCUCUGGCUGCUUCUUGGCUGGUCCUUCAUUCAAAUCUUCUGGGGCCUCGGCAGCGAGUUUGCUCUGGCUCUGGUGGGUGCUCUCAUCUUCGCCCUCUUCAUUGUGUACGACACCGACCUCAUCAUCAGGCGGUACUCAUACGACGAGUAUGUGAUGGCAAGCCUCAACAUUUAUCUUGACAUCAUCAACCUCUUCAUUCGCAUGCUUGAGAUACUACAGUAUCUGCAGGGUAAGGCUCCUGCUGCUUGUCCUAGAAUUUGA